GGACGAAUGAGUUCAGGCUAUUGUGGUGAGGUAUACUGACUGAUUCAGACGUAGGAAAAUUACAGUAUACCUCACCGACUGCACACAGGUAUUCGUUAUUGGUUGCUAUAUAGCGACAGAACGACACUAUCCUUCAUAUACCAUCUGUCAACUUACCAUCUGUCGACUUACAAGACUUCAGAUGCGAGUGGAACCAUGGCAACCAAGGAUGGAAAGGAGGAACUCCAUGGCAUCCGCAAGAAACUUUUCACGAUCACAGGCCGUGCCGUUAACAUGACAAAAUUCUCCCCAUUGAGGAAGUCAUCAACCACCUCUAAUGCGCCACCCCCUCCCCAGGACUCGGACCCAGUAGAUACCUCAAAAGAUGAUGAGCGGGGUGGAUGGGGGGGCAAGUUUGACUUUAUGCUGUCGUCUGUUGGAUAUGCCGUGGGUUUGGGUAACGUGUGGAGGUUUCCUUACCUGUGUUAUAUCAACGGUGGAGGUGCUUUCCUGGUACCGUAUGUCUUCAUGUUAUUCGCUGCCGGACUACCGAUGUUCGUGACGGAGUUGGGUUUUGGCCAGUUCGCUAGUAGAGGCUGUAUCUCCGUCUGGACCAUCUCGCCCUUAUUCAAAGGGUUAGGGUACUCCAUGUGUAUCUUAUCUGCCAUGGUGGCUAUCUACUACAACGUGGUCAUCACAUAUACGGUCUUCUAUUUCUUCUCCUCCUUCACGAGCGUUCUGCCAUGGAGUGAUUGCAACCGAACAUGGAACACACCCAACUGCACAGUCAGUAAAGCUAAUGGAACAAAUAUGACUGAAUAUCUCAACACAUCAACUCGGCCAUCACUCGAGUAUUGGGACUACCAGUGUCUUGGACGGAGUGACGGUCUGGAGCAUAUGGGUCCCGUACGCUGGCAGUUGGCUCUUUGUCUUCUCUUAGCCUGGACUGUUGUCUUCUUGUGUAUCAUUAAAGGUGUCAAGUCGUCUGGCAAGGUCGUGUAUUUCACAGCUACUUUCCCUUACGUGGUUCUCUUCAUUUUACUGAUCCGUGGAGCAACUCUGCCAGGAUCUCUGAAAGGAGUGACUUUCUACAUCAAGCCAGAGUUUAACAAAAUCCUGAAUGCCAAGGUCUGGAAGGAUGCUGCUGUUCAAAUCUUCUAUUCCCUUGGCCCAGCAUGGGGAGGUCUUCACACACUUGCCAGCUACAAUAAAUUUGACAACAACUUCAAACGUGAUGGCAUCAUCAUUGCGCUCAUCAACUGUGGCACCAGCGUCUUUGCAGGUUUUGUGAUAUUUUCAGUGAUCGGAUUCAUGUCACAUGAUUCCGGUCUGCCAAUUGAAGUUGUUGCUGAUACUGGUCCUGGUCUUGCCUUUGUUGCUUACCCAGAGGCCUUAGCCAGAAUGCCAGGCGCUCCGUUCUGGUCCAUUCUAUUCUUCUUCAUGUUAUUCACCCUGGGUCUGGACAGUGAGUUUGUUACAAUGGAGACACUCAUCACAGCCUUCUGUGAUGAGCUGAAGUAUUACUUCAAAGACAUCUACAGAUGGAAGAUAGCAAUCACUUUCUCCUUCUGCUUUGUCUUCUUUCUGCUGGGACUUCCUAUGACAACUGGAGGUGGCAUAUACCUGUUGACGUUAAUGGAUGAAUACUGUGCUGGAUUCUCUCUUCUGAUCAUUGCUUUUACUGAAUGCCUCGUCAUCAGCUAUGUCUAUGGUUUUAACAGGUUCGUACGUGACAUGACUGUCAUGGUUCCAUCAGGAAUGGGAUUAUACUGGAAGAUCUGUCUCAUGUUUCUUACUCCGGUCAUCAUUUUUCUGAUUUUCAUCUCGUUCUGUGUGACAUAUACAACUCUGGAGUAUGCUGAUUAUGUCUACUCACCUGGCGGUGAGGCUCUGGGUUGGUUGAUGGUCAUUGCUGGUGUCAUCUCAAUUCCUGGAUAUGCCGUCUUUUAUCUCCUCAGAAGCUCCAAAGGAUUCACUGUUCAGGGUAUGCUGCUUGCCAUACGGCCAAGUUCUGAAUGGGGACCAGCUUCCAACAAGCAUCGUAUGCGAGCUGGAUACCAGCCAACUGGUUCCAAUCAGCCAAUGGAGACAACAGCUGAGUAUCCAAAUGGAAUCCUACCAGGUCAGCAAGCCGUAGCCACAGCCCCUCCACCAUCUUAUUUGACGAUCCAUCCUCAGUUAACAGAAGGAAUCCAAAUGGGGCUUAUCUACCAUGAAACGUCCAUUUAAUGAACUCCUAUAUAGCAUCUCCUUCCUUUUUAAUUUUUUUUUAAAUUUUUUUAUACAUAUACCCAUAAUAAUUAUGCUGUAUGUUUUUUUUACCACCGUUAAGUUAGUGUGUCUGUGCUCUGCUGGAAUUUAACUUUAAAAGAUUUGGCCCUAGCUAAAAAAUAAAUUGUGUUUUUCUUUAAGAAUAUUUUUCUUUAGCUCUGCAGUUUAUUUGUUUUCCAAAAAUGUUCUUUUUUCCCAUAUGCCUAUUAGUAGGAGCAGGCGCUUCUUAUUCGGAGUUAAACACUUUUUAUUUAAUUCUUUAUUUAUUUAUUUGGUUUUUUUUUCAUUAUCGGGCAAACAAUAAAACAGACAUUAACAUGUAUAUAAAAAGACAGGCCCGGGAUUACCCAGAAACGAACCCAAUCACUAUAUAGAGGGCUCUCUACACAACAAGCAAAAGACAACUAUUAUACAAUACAUCACAGUCAUCUGUUUCUUAUUUUUUUAUAUGUUGCGUUGUCUCAUUGGAAAGCAAAUUACACGAUCCACUGCGAAAAGGUCAUCCCUGGAUUUAAUAUUGAGAUUUUGUAUUUCUUUUGUUUUUUAAUAUUGAGAUUUUUUAUUUCUUUUUUUAAAUUAUCUAUUUAUGGUCGCCCCAGAGGUACGCGCGUUUCUAUCUCCAUUCUGUACCUCUAGGGGCGAUCUUAUCGUAUUUAUAGUCGCCUCUAGCGGUACGCGCGUUUCUAUCGCCAUUCUGUAUCUCUAGGGGCGAUCUUAUUGUAAUUAUGGACGCCUCUAGCGGUACGCGCGUUUCUUGGUCGCUCCAGAGGUACGCGCGUUUCUAUCGCCAUUCUGUAUCUCUAGGGGCGAUCUUAUCGUAUUUAUAGUCGCCUCUAGCGGUACGCGCGUUUCUAUCGCCAUUCUGUAUCUCUAGGGGCGAUCUUAUUGUAAUUAUGGUCGCCUCUAGCGGUACGCGCGUUUCUAUCUCCCUUCUGUACCUCUAGGGGCGAUCUUAUUGUAAUUAUGGUCGCCUCUAGCAGUACGCGCGUUUCUAUCUCCCUUCUGUACCUCUAGGGGCGAUCUUAUUGUAAUUAUGGUCGCCUCUAGCAGUACGCGCGUUUCUAUCUCCAUUCUGUACCUCUGGGGACGAUCUUAAUUGUAAUAAUGGUCGCCCCUAGAGGUACGCGCGUUUCUAUCGUCAUUCUGUACCUCUAGGGGCGAUCUUAUUGUAUGCGCGUUUCUAUCUCCAUUCUGUACUUCUGGGGGCGAUCUUUUUGAAAUUAUGGUCGCAUCUAGCGGUACGCGCGUUUCUAUCUCCAUUCUAUACCUCUGGGGCGAUCUUAUCGUAUCGCCCCCAGAGGUACGCGCGUUUCUAUCGGAAUUUUGUACCUCUGGGGGCGAUCUUAUUAUAAUUAUGGUAGCCCCUAGAGGUACGCGCGUUUCUAUCGCCAUUCUAUUCCUCUGGGGGCGAUCUUAUCGUAUCGCCUCUAGAGGUACGCGCGUUUUUAUCGUCAUCCUGUACCUCUGGGGCGAUCUUAUCGUAUACAUUAAGUGGAAAAUAAAGUGAAUUGAAAUGAAUUGAAUUUUUACCUUUCAAUGAACUCAUGCAGCCUCUUCUUCCUUUUUCUGCAAGGGUCGGGUCACAUUUUGGUCACAUUUUUGUAUACACGGUAUUAUGUAUUGUUUUUCUAUUCAUAUAUAGUCAGUGCGUCUAUGCUCUGCUAGAAAUUCUAUUUCUAUUUAAUUUGACCCGAGCAAAUCAAAUCUGGAAAAACCCUAUUUUUUUACGCAGCUCUGCAGUCUGUUUGGUUUUCCAAAUUUAAAUGUUCUUAUUUCACAGGAAUAUACAGGAGUAGGACACUCCUAAUUUAAAGUUGAAACUUUUAUCUGCUUCUUAGAAAUGUGUGAUUUUAUUGCAUUGUCUUAUUGAAAAUCCCGUAAAUUAUCCAAUGCUAAAAAGUCAUCACUUAAUUUAAUUUUUAGAUUUCAGAGUUAUAUCUAAAUGCUACCUUUUCUCCUCAAGACACUGGUUUUCUUUUUGUUAAAGGUGUAAUCUACGGUAAACAUGUAUCCCAAAUAUUCACAUAUUAAACCAUUAUAAUGUUGGAAUUGAUAGUACAUGUAUACAUUUGUAUAGGGCCUAAUGUAUCAUGAGUUUUGGUUUUGGUGGGGAUUGGUAUACAUAUCUUAAAAUGUUUUAUAAUAGAACAAACAUUGGCAUGAUAUGCAUUGUCACUCAGAUUGCUAUGAAAAGUAUUGUACAAUUUACUGAUAUUUCUACUCUAAGGGUUCAUUUUUCUGAUAAAAGAUAGAAAACGGAUUUGAAUGAAUCAAUUUACUUAAGAAGCUCCUAGUUCAGCCAAUAUUAAAUAUGCGAAAUAGCUCACGACCAAAAAUUCCAACGUGUUUGCCAUGAAAAUAUCAGGUUGAAAACAAUCGACAGAAGCACCAUGCACUUGUUGUUGAGGUUAAAAACGUUGACAGUUGAAAAUGUAAGUAAAACUGGUUUGCAUUAAA